AUGCGCGUCAAGUCAGUGUUUUAUGUUGGUAAUAUUGAUACCUCAAAACUUGAUUUGUAUUUGAAGUGUUCUAAUGAUAUCAAAUCGUGUUAUUCACUCGCAUUAUCCACGGAUUCUUGUAUCGAAAUAGUCUUACUUAUUUCUAUUCAAUUGAAUAUUAAUCAAAACGAGUUUAUUCAAAAGUUACUUGAACUAAAAAACGUUUCUAAGAUUUGGAUUAAUACACAACUGCAGGGCACAAAGUUAUUUAAUCUAUUUGGUAAUGAUGAUCGGUUACGUAAAGUUAAUAUAUCAGAGUGUGAACAACAAACAUUGAUAAGCGUUGCUUUCAGUUGUGUGGCCACGAAUAUUAAUGAACAAUUACCUAAUAAUUCACUAGAUAGGGCCGCUCUAUUAAUUUGUUUCAUAAGACUGAAGGACAACGUGGAAAGGCUUCGUCAACAUAUUCAGUUCAGUCAUGAUGAUGCGUAUAUUCCACGGCCUAAACCUGAAUUCGAAAAAGAUGGACCUCAUCAUCGAAAAGUAAUUAUAACAGAAUCUCCGCAGAUAAUGCUUGACAGAGGGUUUCAGAGGGAACUGUUGGAUUUAAUCGUUAUCUGUAAAGAGAAAGAUAAUGGAUGCGAUUGGGAUGGGACUUUAAAAUACUAUCAGGAUCAUCUGGAUAACAAGCAUACAACAAUUCAUAAUUGUAAACAUUGCAACGACAACUUCUCAAGCAAAGAUGAGUUAGAUGACCAUCAAAAAAGUUUGUGUACAAAAAUAAUGAUAUUAUGUCAAUUAGCCGAACAUGGUUGUUCAAAAGAAAGAUUUCUACGAUCUGAUCUUUGUGCACACUAUUUAACUGAACUACAUCAAACAUGUUUACAAUCUGUUCUUGUGAAAAUCAUACAACUAAUUCAAUCCCGUUAUAAUGGAACUGAUAUGGCUGUGAUGAAUAGUACUUCUGACCCGUUUAAUCUAAUAUCAUUAAUGUCAACUGCGGACACUACUUCCCUAUCGACAAAUUCAGUCAUAAACUAUUUUUACUCUCAACUUCAACAACUGUACGAGACAUUGACAACAGUAACAAAAAAUUUUCAACCUUUAAACGAAGAUUCAAUUCGUUUGAGUACUGAAUCGUUACGUCAACAAAAUUUAUUACAAGCAUGUCAAAACGAAAUAAAUUUAAUUAAACAAUCAAAAGUUGAAAUAGACUCAUAUAUUGCGGGUAUUGGACCGAAUCAGGAAAUAUUACAACAAGAAUUAGACAGUGUAAAACAAAAAGUGGAAGAUUUACAAUGUAUCAGCUACGAUGGAACUUUUACAUGGAAAAUUUCUAAUAUUUCAGAGAAAAUAACUGAUGCACAAUCGGAACGACAAACAUCCAUUUAUUCACCAGCAUUUUACUCGUCUCCAACUGGGUACAAGAUGUGUAUUCGCCUUUAUUUACAAGGAGAUGGAAAUGCUCGUAGGACGCAUAUGUCUCUUUUUUUUCUUAUAAUGCGCGGUCCAUUCGAUGCGAUUUUGAACUGGCCUUUUAGUUUUAAAGUGACAUUUUGUCUCUAUGAUCAAUCUGGACAACAACGACAUAUUAUUGAUUCGUUCAGACCCGAUACAACAUCAAACAGUUUUCAACGACCUAGAAGCGAAAUGAAUAUUGCCUCGGGAAUUCCAAAAUUUUUUCCGUUACCGAUGAUUUUACAAGAGGAUACUAACUAUAUCAAGGACGAUACUAUGUAUAUUAAAUGUUUAGUUGAUUUUGGUGAUAUAUCGAAGAUAAUUCUUCCGUAUGCCCUCAGUUUAAAUCCUGCACUACCUCAUCAUGUUCAACGUCAUAUGAUACGAGUAGAAACUGACCGACGAUUGCAACUUCAACAAUAG